AUGGGGCGUUAUCGAGAUGGUUUCACGGGGAAAUUCUUCGAGUCUAAUCUUAGCGCCAUCUCAGCGCGUUCGGUGAGGGUUUCCCGUUUUCCGUUUUCCGCGGCGACGUCAGAGGGCGCGGGGUGCGCCCCGCAGCCCUGCGCACAAUCGAUAUCUGCGCCCCGCGCCGUGCAGAGCCUCGCUUGUCACCCUGUCACGACUCGAGCGCCCGUCGACGCACGCACGCCGCGAUUACAGCACGGCCCGUCGGUGCCGUGUCGUAUACCAAUGAAACCUGUAAUAAAAUGUGCCUGC